AUGUCGUCGUCGUCGGUUGAAGUUCCAACCCUGAGGCGUUUGGCAGACGUCGCAGGCGACACAGGCAACGUCGCGAGGCCCGAAGACGUGAUCUGGAAGAAUCUUAUCGCGUCCGCUCAGGUACACAACCGCGAGAUUUCCGGGCUCCGCGAGGUGUCUUGUAACGCGAACGAGCGAGUUAGAAGCGGCAACAGUGCGUGUGACAGUAGCGAAGGUCUAGGCUCGUUGAGCGCGAAACGGAAACCGGUACCGGUGCUCGAAGGUUUAAAGGAGGUGGAGGAAGAGGGAAAUGCUCCCCCGGUAACCCCUCGAGAGGAAGCUUCGCGCGAAAUAACACCCCGACCUUCCACUGCUCAAGAAGUUUCCCGCGAGAUAACGCCUCGUCCCUCCACUGCUGCUACUGACGUUGCCUCUACCCCAACCACUGACGUUCCUUGGACUCCGACUUUUGAGCGAGACGGGGCCAUGCCGCCUCCCACGCCGCAAUCGGCGGCGGAGGCAGCGGCGCAGAGGGCCGCGCGGAAGGCGGCGCAGGGGUCCUGCAUUCCGCCGAGGGCGCAGUCCCCGCGGAGGCACAACAGCGGGCUGUUCCGCAAGCAGGGCUCCGGAAGGCUUGAUGGGUCGCAGAGACAGGGGUCGGGGAGGCUGGAUGGGCUGCAGAGGCAGGGAUCGGGGAGGGGGCUGGCGGGACUGGCUUCCGCCGCAGCGGGCGCAGCAGCGGGGGCAGGCGCGGGGGCGGGUAGGAGGAGCAUCUCGCGCAUGUCUUCCGUUAAGAAAUGGCGGGUGCUAAACGCGCUAGUAAAGCAGAUGAACGUAGAGGAUGCGGAGAACGAGACUGCUGACGACGGGAACGGCGGCGCCGCCGGCGAUGGCGGGGGCGGGGGCGGUUUCACGGCGACUGAAACGCAUUCCGGGGCGAUAAAGUCUGAGUCGGAUAAGAGCGGGUGGGGCGCGCCGAGCUUCUCAGGAAUGAGCGUUGGGGGGGAUACGGAGGGCGGAGGGGGCGGGCAGACAGAGGAAUUCAGCGCCCCCUGGAGUUUCGGCAGUAUGGGGGAUGUAGAGCGGUUCAAUAACACCGCAGGGGGCGGGUUCGCGGAUUAUAGCGUGGCAGCUGCUAGCGUGUGCCAGGUUUCCCCGGCGAUUUUCGAGGCGCACUUGCAUUUGGCGGAGACCAUGGCUAGGGAGGAGAUGGAGAGGCAGCAGCAGCAGCAGCGGCAGGAGGGGCGGCAUGGCAAGGGGCCAAGAACGCCGAGAACACCGAGAACUCCGAGGGGUAUGGGCUUCCGCAGCAACUCGCGCAGCAGCUCCCGCCGCCAGCAAAAGAGCACCUGGGACCCCCACCACGUGUCAGUGCGGGCGGCCAAGGUCAAGAGAGCCAUCGGCCAUGUAUUUCGAAAAAUCGCCGCCAAGCCACUGGGUUUCCUGCGCAAACUGAAUCCCGCGUGCCGGGCUACGUGA